GAAAUCUCAUCUUCUAGCGUCAGAGGACCUGGCCCGGCCCCAAUGGUUCAAGAUGUCUUCUCGCUUCACAGCAUCGUCGCCGGCGAUGAGCUGAGAUUUCCCUUUUCUCUCAAGGACUACCAGCGCUAUAUCUUUGGCGACGACCGAUUGGCCCAUCGCCUCGGCACGGACCUUGCCAAGGCCUAUAUUUCUACCCUCCCCAGUCCCAUAGACGACUUUGCUGUUGCCGUCUUAUCCGAGCAAGUUCCAACGGCCACGCACAGCUUGCGCGACCAUUUUGCUGCUUACCUCAAUCGCCAUCUGGUAGCGAAUAAUGCCGCUCCUGCUCUCAAACUCGGCUUUCACCAUGCCCGCCCCUCGGCAGAACUAGCUCGGGCCGGUCCGCCCGCCAGCACCAUCUACCAUAUCGACACCAAACGGCUCCAGAAACGCACCCUGAUUGUCCUUGCCGACAUUCGAACGAGCCAAGAUCGAGAAGACGAAAUAAGGCACUCGUUUGCCGUCCAAGGCAUCACCACCGUGUUUGCCUAUCUCGCAGCCCUCAGUGAUGCUGCCUCCACAGUCGCCCUCUCCAACCUCCUCUCAUCUGUCAUCAGCCCGUCGAUGAAAGAAAUCGAGGCCAUUACCCAAGGACCGCACUUUGUCAUGAAUCAAUGCUUUGUCAAAUUCAUAU